CAGGUCGCUUCACAAGUUCGGGGGGGAGGAGACGUGCGCCUCAGCCUGGAGCUCGACUGGUUGGCGUCCACAAAUGGUCCCACACCUCUUUUCGCGAUCUGCCUCCGGCUCCCUACGACAACGUGAACGCGUUCCGUGAACACCUCUAACUGAUCCUCAACUCACGAUACCUCCUACCCGCGCAUCAUGGCUACCCCUCCCACUUACAUCAUUUCCAAGGUCGCCGACCCUAUCUUUGCCCUGGUGAUCGGGCUGGGUGCUGCGGCCACGAGGAUCAAUCGCGAGGAGAAGGAGAAAGGCAAGAAUACGCAGCAGACCCUUGCGGCGGCUAAGAGACGCCUUGGAUUGGACAAAGCUACUGCAUAG